AUGACAAACUUAGAAAACAUCUGUGGCAAGUUUAACUCCUCAAUAGAGAAUAUGAAACUUAUAGUUUGCAAUGAACUUCAAAGUAUAGAUACAACAAAAGUUUUGAACUCAGAUGCUUUGAAGAGUCUUAUAACAGACAAAGUUGGAGUUGUUGAAAGAAAGUAUAAAGACCAAAGAGUUUGUGAAAAUGUUGCAAACUUCAUUAUGGUUUCAAACAAUGCUGUUCCGAUGAAGUUAGAAAGUUCUGACAGAAGAUAUGUAGUUGUCAGAAUGUCAGAUUCUCAUAUGCAAGAUACAGAAUAUUUUGACGACUUAGCAGAAACUUUGACACCAGAGUUUUACAACCAUUUGUUCUCAUACUUUAUGACAUUAGAUAUUUCUAAGUUCAAUCCAAGACAAAUUCCACAUACCGAAGAGAGACAAACAUUGUUAGAAGCAAACAAGAGUGUUUAUGAACUGUUCGUAGAUGAAACUGACUUUGUGUCAUUAGAUGAAAGGUCAUUGUACGAUUCGUAUAAACAAUAUUGUCAAGAAUAUGGUUAUAUGGCAGCUUCUAAACGUACAUUCUUGGCAAAUGUCAAAAGUCUUUUAGAUGUUCAGAAUGGUGUAUAUACAAAGAAAAUUUUUUCUGAGUAA